AUGGAUGACUACCCUGUCUCUUCCGCAGAGGAGGAACAGCUGGCGAUACAGUUCAUCAGGAACUAUCAAUCGCUCGGCAAGCUGUUCAAAAACAGCGAACGGUCCAUUGAUAUGAACCAAUACUUCAUGGCGCGGGAACUCUUGACCGGUAAAGCCGGUAGCCACCCAGAAGAUCAUGGGUACUAUUCGUAUCUGGAGACGCUCAAGACCAUUGGGGCACAGGCAAUCAAGGAGUCUGUGUAG